GGAAAGUAGGGAUGGAAAUGUCUUCGCUCUUCUACAAAAAUAAAAGAAAAGAAAAGAAAAGAAAAUUAAACUCCCUUCCCCCUCCAAAAAUCUUUUAUAAUUCACCACCAGCUCAGAUCGAGAGAGUUCUAUAGAUACGGCCAGGAGGAGGAGGAGGUGGAGGAGGAGGUUCGAUGGAGGCGGCGAGCGGCAAAGAGGCGGAGAAGAUCAAGGAAGAGGAUACCGUCGAAAUCAAGCGCGAGGCGGAGACGGAGGAGGACGAGAGCGCGCUCCUUCUCUCCCUCAAAGCGGGCAUCAACGCCGACUCCAACAGCAGGAACACGGCAACGCCAAUGCCGAACGAUCCGGCCGGCUCCCAGCUCACCAUCUUUUACAACGGCGCCGUCGGCGUCUACGACGCCGUCCCAGCGGAGAAGGCUCAGGCGAUCAUGCUCAUCGCCGCCGCAGCUGCGGCCGCCGCGAAUAACCGCAAUGCCGCCGCCAAGGCGUCGCCGGCGCUCGCGAGGUCUCUGUCGCUGCAGAGCUCCUCAGGAGGGGCAUCGCCGCAGAACCAGCUCAUUGCCGGUCCCGGCAAUUCCCUCCGCAAGCUGCAAGCUGAGCUGCCUGGGGCUAGGAGGAACUCGCUUCAGCGGUUCUUGGAGAAGCGCCGGGACAGGUUGGUGAGCAAAGCUCCGUAUGCUUCCGCGAAACCAUCAUCAGAUAGCAUGGAAGUGUCUGUGGAGGGAAAGCCUCAAAUCUCUUGACCCGUCUGCAUGGCUGUCCAAUCCAAUUAUCCUACGGUUGUCUAAAUUAAAGCUUUGUUAUUGUAAGAAUCUUGACCUGGGUAUAGACCUAAUCCUUCUAUUUAUAUAAGCUCUUGUUGUUUCGGACUUCUUGGUGUAUCUUGACUUAUUUCCUGUGACAUCUGUAUGUUCGUCUCUACCAUCAGACAGAUGUUUCUCUAAUUAUGUAUCAGUUUCUAGACGCUGCUAAGUAUGACUUCUAGCUAUUGGCGAAAAUGAAAAAUUAGAGGCAUGUUUGAUGCUGCUUUUAUUUA